AUGGCGCAAGUCAAGAUUCUGAAGAGAGCUCAUAACGCUGUUCAGUGUUCGAGUUGCAAACAGCGCUAUGACAUGAUCGAGCCAUUGGACGAACAUCUAGAGACAUCCUCGACGGGACGCCGCAUCUGUCCCAAGACUAGGGCACCAGCUUUGAUUGUUUGUGUCGAUUGUGAACGCGACUUUACCAGCGUUCAACAACACGAACAACAUAUUCAGGACUCUUUCUCGCACAACCCAGGCCUCUCCAAGCCUACUGGCCGAUCUGUGUAUGUUGGUCGAUUGCCAGCUAACGUCACAGAGCGAGGCCUUGUAAACAUCUUGUUCGACGGUUUCAUUGUUGAAACAACUUCGAUGCGCACCCACUGUCCACACUCAGAUAACUUUACCUUCGUCAACUUGACAACACCCGCGGAAGCCUAUCGUGCUACGAGAGAACUUCACAACAAACAUUUCCUUGACCAAAGAGUGACUGUCUAUCUUCAACGCCCUAAGGAACCAAACACUUCUCAGCCUAAAGGCCGUCAAGCGCGCUCCCGCAUCACCAGCAUGAGUCCUUCCAUGUACGGUGUGGGUCCCGGCAAGGAGAACAUCGAAAUGCAGCCUUCCGCCAUGCAGCAACCACCAGGCAAGCCAGUCUAUGUGCAUUCCACCCUCCCGCCAUUCGACCCUCGUCGACCUGCUUUCUCCUUCGUUCCCAGCCCUACUAUCGUCCACAACCAACACUACCCGACCAUCCCUCCCAUCCCGUAUGUCAACUACGGACAACCCCAUCCGAUGCCACAAUUCAUUCAAUCUCAGAUCAACCACAAUCUCGCCAAUCAUCCUCCACCCGGAUUUGUCUCUGGAGGCUUUCUCUCUACAACCCAGCCUCCUGCAACAAACACCUCACAACGUGUCUCACGCCCCCAGCGUGCUCGACGUCAGAAGUUCCCACCCUCCUACGACGGUGCCUCGGAUCCUCGUCCCGACUCAUCGGAAACAGUUGCUAGUAUUGAUACAAAGCUCACCGACAUGUCAGUAUUCACCGAUGGCAGUCGUGACUUCGAUGUUCCUAGCCAGCAGCCUUCUGCCUCUUUAAAUUCAGACUGUCGACCCUCUGUUGACCAGACUUGGCCGACGCUUGUUUCGUCUGACCCUGUGCCUGAAGCUAGGACUUGGACGUCGUUCAGUGAUGAUGAGCUCGAGGAUGCUUACCAGGCUCUUGAGAAGCACUGCCAUGACGCCGAUACCCUUGUUUCAGCUGGCUACAACGUCACCCAUCCUGUCAUGCCUCCCAAGUUCGAGAUCAAGGCCAAAGUCAAGUGUCGAUCCUGUCGCACCUCUCGCCAACGACUCGAUCGUCUGAUUGCAGAGUCUGGCAAGAAGGGCUGUUCAGUCGCCCGUAACGGCAAGCACAACUUCCCUGGCAUCACCCACCUCACUACACGCUACGAAGGCUUUGAACAUCCACCUGAACAUUGUCCAGCCACGUCCAAGCGCAGAGCUAUCGCACUUGAUUGCGAGAUGGCCGGCGGUUGGAAUGGUGAUGGCUUUGUUGAUCAGGUUAUUCAAUUGACCGCCAUCGACUAUCUGACCGGCGAAGUCUUGAUCUCGAGUCUCGUAAAGCCCACUCUUGACAUUCAGCAAUGGCGCACCAACAUCCACGGUGUCAGUCCACGCAUGAUGUUCCAGGCUAUCCAUGAUGGCACGGCCUUGAGUAGCGUCACACAUGCCCGCGAUGUCUUGUUCUCCCUCGUGGACAAAAACACCAUCCUGGUCGGACAUGCCCUGAACUACGACCUCAAUGUCUUGAAAAUCGCCCACAAUCGCUGUGUUGACUCAGAGAUACUCGCAAAGCUGGCCAUCAACCGCAACAGACAAGGCGGUACUGCACUGAAGAAGGUGUGCGAAUCACUCAUGGGCUUGGGCGUGCAGAGGAAGGCGACCCACUCUUGCCUGGAAGACUCCUUCGCAGCCAGGGAGGCCGUCAUCUACAUGAUCUCACAUCCUAAAGUGCUUGCUGAAUGGGCCAAGGCCAAGCAGGUGAUCAUCGACGAAGAAGAUGCCAAGAGAGACGCAGCAAGAAAAGUCAAGGAAGAGGCCAAGGAAGAAGCUAAGAAGAAGGCCGCCGCCGAAGCCGGAGCUCAGCAGGAGGGAGAGGAUGCAAAAGCACCUUCUGUUCUCACUCUGGCGAUGCCAGCAUUAGUCCCUACACCCCUCGACGAGAUCGCAGAUGAACUACAGAUGGAGAGAGGUCCUUCUGCCGGCAAGAAGCGCAAAGGAGGUAUGUGGACUGUGAUCAACAGCGAAGAGUAG